AUGGCCCACGAGAAUGACAGUUGGAAGAAGCAGCUUAACCUUCCCACAAAAGACGAACGGCCCCAGACAGAGGACGUCACGGCAACCAAGGGCAACGAGUUUGAGGACUACUUCUUGAAGCGCGAGCUGCUCAUGGGCAUCUUCGAGGCUGGUUUCGAGCGCCCAUCGCCUAUCCAGGAAGAAUCCAUACCCAUUGCCCUCGCUGGAAGAGACAUUCUUGCCCGUGCAAAGAAUGGAACCGGAAAGACCGCUGCCUUCGUCAUCCCCUCGCUCGAAAAGAUCAACCUCAAAAAGAACAAUGUCCAGGCCCUCCUCCUCGUCCCCACUCGUGAGCUCGCCCUCCAGACAGCACAGGUCUGCAAGACCCUCGGCAAACAUAUGGGCGUCCAGGUCAUGGUCACCACCGGAGGCACCACCCUCAAGGACGAUAUCAUGCGUCUCAGCGAGACCGUUCACAUUAUCGUCGGAACUCCCGGUCGUAUCCUCGACUUGGCCGGUAAGGGUGUCGCCAACUUCAGCGAGUGCACAACCUUUGUCAUGGAUGAAGCCGACAAGCUCCUCAGUCCAGAGUUCACACCUAUUGUCGAGCAGUUGCUCACCUACUUCCCUAAGGAACGCCAGAUCAUGCUUUACUCUGCCACCUUCCCCAUGAUCGUCAAGACCUUCAAGGAUAAGCAUAUGACCAAGCCCUACGAAAUUAAUCUGAUGGACGAAUUGACACUUCGUGGUGUUACCCAAUACUAUGCCUUUGUCGAGGAACGCCAAAAAGUCCACUGCCUCAACACCCUCUUCUCCAAGCUCCAAAUCAACCAGUCCAUCAUUUUCUGCAACUCCACCAACCGUGUGGAACUUUUGGCAAAGAAGAUCACAGAGCUGGGCUACUCCUGCUUCUACUCUCACGCAAAGAUGCUCCAGUCACACCGUAACCGAGUUUUUCACGAUUUCAGGAACGGAGUCUGCCGCAACUUGGUCUGCUCGGAUCUUUUGACCCGUGGUAUCGAUAUCCAGGCCGUCAACGUUGUUAUCAACUUUGAUUUCCCCAAGAACGCCGAGACCUAUCUUCAUCGCAUCGGUCGUAGUGGUCGUUUCGGUCACUUGGGUUUGGCCAUUAACCUGAUCACCUACGAAGAUCGUUUCAACCUUUACAAGAUCGAGCAGGAGCUUGGAACUGAAAUCCAGGCCAUUCCCCCUGUUAUCGACAAGCGUCUCUACGUCGCCCCUUCUGCUUUGGACCAACCCGAGGACGAGCAGCAACAACAACAACAGCAGCAACAGAAACGCUUGCAGUAUAACCAGCCGCAACAACAUCAGCAACAACAUUUCCAUCAGCAGCAACAGAUGGCCCACCAUAUGUACCAACAGCAACAACAAAUGAAUCACCAGCAGCAACAAAUGAAUCACCAGCAACAACAAAUGAACCACCAGCAACAACAACACUUUCACCACCAGCAGCAAAGGCCACAGCCGCCACCACAGUUGCAGCAACAGGAGCGUCGCUAG